CUCGCUGCGCGUCCGGGAGGGGGCGGCGGCGGCUGCUGCUUCUCUUGCUCUCCAAGCGGCGCUGCGCCUCCAGUUGCGCCUCUCGGGGAAAAUGGAGAGCGACGGACUUUCCAGCGCGGACCAGAAGCUGAUCCGAGAGAGCUGGGAGAAAGUGAACAGCAGCCCCAUCGAGCACGGCUUGGUCUUGUUUACCAGGCUUUUUGAUUUGGACCCUGACCUCUUGCCCCUUUUCCAGUACAACUGCAGGAAGUUCUCUACUCCUCAGGAGUGCCUCUCGUCACCUGAGUUCCUGGAACACAUCAGAAAGGUAAUGCUGGUAAUAGAUGCAGCCGUGACUCAUUUGGAGAACUUGCACUGCCUGGAAGAAUACCUUGCCAACCUGGGUAAGAAACACCAGGCAGUUGGUGUGAAGGUGGAGUCUUUUUCGGCUGUGGGCGAAUCCUUGCUGUAUAUGCUGGAAAAGUGCCACGGCCCCGCUUUCAAUGUGAAUGUGCGUGAGGCCUGGACCAAGCUGUACAGCGUUGUGGUAAAAGCCAUGAGCUGCGGAUGGGAUGUUCCCACAAAAGUGGAAUAAACCUGGACCCAGGAUGCUUGAGUGGGAACAGCUCCAAGGAGAAAGCAAGCUUGCCUUUCUAGCUCUGUGUAUUUCAGAGUAAUCUCAACAUUUCUCUCUCUCUCUCUCUCUCGUUUUACUCUUGCAUUCCCCAUUUUUCUUGUGGUAAUGUGAUGAUGCUCCCAUAUUUCAGUGUUGCAGUUCCAUGUAUCUGUUUGCAGGGGGCGAAAGAGAGCCAAGCCGGAAUUAAAAGCUGAAAUGCCAACUGCA